ACAGCAUGACACCUGUCCGCAUAUACAACAGUAUUUUGACGGACAAAUACAGAGUUCUUUUGAACGACGUAGCGUAAAAUUUGCUGAGAGACAACUUGCGGAACAGUCCGCGCCCUUCACAGUUGCCCGUCGGAUCCAUAAUAGAGUGACACGGAGCUUUUAACAGAGGGAAACCGAAAAUGGCACGGAACAAAUCAGCGCUGGUGCUGUGCAUGGAUGUGGGCUUCUCCAUGUCCAACUCCGCACCGGGUGAAGAGUCGCCCUUUGAACUCGCGAAAAAAGUCAUCCAGAAGUUUGUCCAACGUCAGGUUUUUGCUGAGACGAAGGAAGAACUGGCUCUUGUUCUGUUUGGCACGGAUUCCACUAAAAACCCUCUGUCCAAGGACGGCCAGUACCAGAACAUCACCAUCCAUCGCCACCUCUUGUUGGCUGAUUUUGAUUUGUUGGAGGAAAUAGAAACUCAAAUUCAUCCAGAGAGUCAACAGGCAGAUUGGCUGGAUGCUCUUGUCGUCUGCAUGGAUCUCCUUAAAACAGAAACACAGGGGAAGAAGUACGAACGUCUCAACAUCGCCCUCCUGACUGACCUCAACAGCCAGUCCAGUGCAGACCAGCUGGAUGUUAUUACUGGAAACCUGAAACAAGCUGGCAUCACUUUACAGUUCUUUUUGCCUUUCCCUGUAAAAGAUGACGAGCAGGAUGGAGGGGAUGGAGAUAACGGAGGCCCUAGUCACCCAGGCACAGGGAAAGGUCUGUCACAGCAACAGAAGGAGAGCCUGGAUAUGAUGAAACACAUCAUGUUAAGUCUGGAUGAGGAGGACGGACUGGAUGAAAUUUAUACAUACAGGAACGCACUUGAACAGCUGCACAUGUUCAAGCGUAUUGAGAGGAGACCCAUGGCCUGGCCCUGCCAGCUUACAAUUGGCAGCUCUCUGGCCAUCCGUAUUGUUGGAUACAAAGCAGUGACCGAAGAGAACCUGAAGAAGUCGUGGAUCACAGUUGAUGCUCAAACCAACCAGAAAGACGACGUGAAGAGGGAGACUGUGUAUUGUCUGGACGAUGACAAUGAGACCGAGGUGCAAAAGGAUGACAUCAUUCAAGGUUUUCGUUAUGGAAGUGACAUUGUUCCCUUCUCCAAAGUGGAUCAAGAGCAGAUGAAGUAUAAACACGAUGGGAAGUGCUUCGCUGUUCUGGGUUUUGCCAAACAAGAGAUGGUACAACGUCAUAGGCUGGUGGGAAAUCAGGUCAUCAAGAUGUUUGCUCCCAAGGAUGAUGAGCCUGCUGGAGUGGCACUGUCGGCCGUCAUUCAAGCACUGGACGAACUCCAAAUGGUGGCCAUCGUGCGUUAUGCCUAUGACCGGCGCUGCAACCCUCAAGUAGGAGCAGCUUUUCCUUGUAUCAAGCAGAACUACGAGUGUCUGAUGUACAUCCAACUGCCCUUCACAGAAGACCUCAGGCAAUUUACCUUUCCUUCUCUCGAGAACAACAAAAAGUUCACUCCAUCAGACACUCAGCUGUCUGCUGUGGACUCUCUCAUUGACUCCAUGAUGUUAGUGGAGGAAGAUGAAAAUGGAGAAAGUAACGACCUGUUUAAGGUCCACCACAUUCCCAACCCUCACUUCCAGAGGCACUACCAGUGUCUGCAUCAUCGGGCAGUGAACCCCGGCACCCCACUUCCCCCCAUGGAGCCGUGGCUGAAGGCAGCUCUCGAGCCCCCUGAGGUCAUUACUGAACGUCGCCAAGCUCCACUAGAGGAGAUAAAGAGGAAGUUUCCUCUUACAGAAGUGGAGAAAAAAAAGAAGCCAAAGACGAGUGCUCAGAUUUUUGGCAAAAACUCUGAGGAGCCGGAUAGUAAGAAGGCAAAAGCAGAUGAAGAAGAAGAAGAAGAGGAAUUUAAUCUGGCCAACAUUGCUGAAGGCUCUGUGACUUCGGUGGGAAGUGUCGAUCCACCCCGAGACUUCUGCACUCUCAUCAAGCUGAAGAGACUUCCAUUUGGAGAAGUCUGUCAGCAACUGACUGGCAGGAUAGAGCAGUUGCUUAGCAACAAGAACACACAGUACUACAUGAAGAGCAUCACCUGUAUCCAGGCUUUUAGAGAGCAGUCGGUUAAGCUAGGGAAUGCUGACCUGUACAACAGCUACCUCCAGUCCUUGAAAAGGAGCAUCCCAAGCAGAGGGUUAGAGGUCUUCUGGGACCUGCUUGUUCAAGAUACUAUCAGUCUGAUCAGCAAGGACGAGGUCGAGGGGAGCACUGUGUCCAAAAACGAGGCUAAUCAGUUUCUCGUUGCUGAGGAGAAGAAAGAGGAGACUGCUGCGCCUCCAGCUGAAGAUGCAGGAGAUGUUGAUGACUUGCUGGACAUGAUGUAACGGGGGAGGCAAUGGGAGAGUCUGCAGUGGACAUGGAGAGAGAAAUGAGAAGAAUGCACUCUUUCAGCCCAACCAGACCAAAACCACUACAGCCAUCCAUUGUUUUGCCUCCCACUUGGUUUUAACUUUGAAACUGGUAAUAUUGGGUGUGCAGUACUGCAGAUUAGUACUGUGUCAAAAGGCUUCACGUAGAAUGUAAACAAGAAUGUUUAGGCCUGUGUUAUGCGAGAAAUGUCAGUCUCAUAUGUACAUUUUAUGAAUUAUAUCAUUCCAUUGUAAUACACUGUCAUGUUGGA